UCAGGUGGUCCAGUUUGCGUAAAAACGCACGGAGCACAAGCCAAAGACUUAUGAAACAGCACUCCGCGCCUUGCACCUCCAUGAAUGAGCUGUUUUCAGGGGAGGAAAAAGAGGAGGAUUCAGGAUUUACGGCCAGAAAAAGAGCUGAACGCGCUCCGGUGGUGCGGCGCAGCAGAGAGAUCUAUCCCGGUCCAAGACGCAGAGCGGGGCGAACUUCUUAUGUUUGUAGUCAACUCAGGCAACGGUUUCUUCUAAAAAGUUAGAGGCAGCUUGUUUUCAGCAAGAAGUAGAGAAAUGUUCAAGAAAACGAAGAGUAAAGUCCUUGUGGAUUAUGCGUCAGAGGAAGACGACAUGUCUUGGCACUACCAUCACUCCUACAAGGACAAAGACAUGGGGGAGGAAGAGGAGGAGGAAGCCGGCACUGCAACAUCAAAAGAGGCCAAGGUGAAGAAAAUCAUGUCCAAAAAGGAGAGGAGGGAGAAGAAGAUGUUCUCCUCUAAGGAUGAUGAACACUUGCUGUUGUCAGGAGGAGUGAAGCUGGCCGAUCGCAAAGGGCCUCAAAAGAAAGCCAAGGAAGGUGAGAAGGAGAAGAAGGACAAACCAGACAAGGGCUACUGUUUCUGGGACAGCGUUACCAUGACAAUGAGACAAAUCUCACCUGCUAAAAAGUUAGAGAAGAUGGAAGGCUGGGAGCCGCCCCAGUUAGGGAACCUAACUGAGACAGUAAACGAGGAACCCUCCAUGGAGAACAGCCAGAAAGGGGAGCUAGCGGUGUCACUACCCAACUCUAGCAUUCCAGUGGAUUUACCGUCAUGGGGCGGUCGAGGUUUCGAGGAGGACUCCUCUCGUUACGCCAACCUGACGGAUUCCAACGAAUCAGCAGCUGCGGUGAGAUGGACGUCUCGUGCCAAGGUCAAGUUGGCUGGCAUCAGCAGGAUAAGCAGAGGGAUUGUGUCUGAGAGUUCGUGGGGGGGCUUUAAAUAGUUGCAUUCUACCUACCUCUGUUCCGGACCCCUCCACGUUCUGAGAGGGUGGAGCUAAGUUCUGCCUGUUUUUAUAGUCUAGCUCUGGACCAGACCCAUGUCAAAGUGUAGUUCUCCACAAUCUGACAGGAAGUGCCUUAAAGUGCUACACCAGAGACAACCACUAGGUGCUCAUUCGAAACAUUACUUUUUGUUUUUAGUUUAACAUGAAUGUAGAAACAAAAAGAAGCUGAAGCACCCCCUUGUGGCCGGCUGCAGUAAAAGUUAGAAGCCCCACCCACUUUAUGAAAAAAAAAGUAUUUUUCUUUUAAUAUCUGAUGCUUGAAAAUACCAUGACACACAUGCACUAAACAAUAAAAUGAAGGGGAACUGGUAAAGGC